AUGCAAAACAGAAUUGUGGUUCUUGUUAUCUAUAUUACUGCCUUCGUCGCUGGUCUGCCUUGCAAUCUUCUGGCCUGCUACUCCUUUCUGAGAAAAGUACGUCGCAAACCUGUCCCCAUAGAUAUCCUGCUGCUCAAUCUGACCUUUUCUGACCUUUUCCUUCUGAUCUUUUUGCCCUUCAAGAUGGCAGAAGUUGCCCUAGAUUUCAAAUGGCCUCUUCCUUCCGUUCUUUGCCCUCUGGCAAACUUCUUCUUCUACAGCAGCAUUUAUAUCAGCACCCUGUUCCUCAUGGGAGUCAGCAUAGAGCGCUAUCUGUGUAUUGCCUACCCUGUUAAGCACAAGCUGAACCGCAGACCAACCUACGCAAAAAUUGCUAGCCUUUUCUUCUGGUUUUGGGCUUGUUCCCAUUGCGGUUGCAUUGUCUUCAUUGUUCACUACCUCCCUGGGAGUCCAUGGAGUCGUGCAAAUAGUACUACUUGCUACCAUGAAUUCUCCGCUGAACAGCUUAACAUUGUCCUCCCUUUCCGCCUGGAGCUCUUCUUUGUCCUCUUCUUAAUUCCUUUCCUUGUCACGGUUUCCUGCUAUGCCAAUGUGAUCCGCAUCUUGAACACCAUGCCAAACAUUAAGCCCGAGAAGAAGCAAAGGGCCAUGGGCUUAGCUGUGGCUACUGUGCUCAAUUUCACGGUGGCCUUUGCUCCCUACAAUAUCUCCCACGUUGUAGGCUAUGUGCAGAACCGUAGCCCUCCCUGGAGAAUAGAGACAUUCUGCCUGACUUCCCUCAAUACAGUAUUGGAUCCUGUUAUUUUCUUCUUCUCUUCCUCCACCAUCCGGAGGACAUUUACGGAAUGUUGGAUUGGCAUCUGCAACAAACUCCGGAAGCAUAGAUCCGCCUGCUGUCCGUGUUGCUGCAGGUCUUCACUUGAUUGCUGCAUCUCCACUCCUCUGACAGUCACGGAGCCUGUGAUGGACCAGUAUCUCUUAAAAAUAUUUGUCCAAUAUGAUAUCUUUGUUUGA